GCGCAAAGCACCAAAUCAGUGGUAUUCCCUGUUGUUUUAAGCAAACACAAGGGUAUUAAAGGAGAUUCGAGCACCUAAUACAUGAAUCAAAAGAAGGAACGGAAAAAAAAAAGGAGGAGAGAGAGAGAGAUUCGAAGGUUCAUGCUACGUCAAUGGUUGUUAGGGUUUCCAAUUGAUCUCUAAGACCUAAAGCUCCAAUAUUUAUCAUCUCUCUCUCUCCUCGUCGUCAAAGCACUAAUAUGUGCAACUAUUACAGUUGAAAAACAAACAAACAAUUACAGUUGGAAUUCGACUGAGAAAAAAAAAUAAAAACCAAGCUGUGAUGGGAGCGCCAGAGAAAUCACCAAGUGCGGAAUAUGCGAUGCAGGUUUUGAACUUGGUGUGCCAUGGCUGUAAUACGUCUGAUCCUGUGUUAGGAUUUUGGCGUGUUAAGGUCUAUCGACUGAAUGAUGAUGGGAAGUGGGAUGACCAAGGAACUGGGCAUGCCACUGUUGAUUACUUGGAGGGAUCUGAAGAACUAGUUUUGUUUGUUCACGAUGAAGAAGACAAUGAAACGUUACUUUUGCACCGAUUCAGCUCAGAUGAUAUUUACCGGAAGCAAGAUGAUACAAUUAUAGCUUGGAGAGAUCCAGAGUAUUCAGCUGAACUAGCUCUUAGCUUUCAAGAGACUACUGGCUGCUCUUACAUAUGGGACAACAUUUGCCGUGUGCAGAGGAAUAUGCAUUUCAGUGCUCUUAACAAUGAGACAUAUCAUAGUGUCAACAGUGAGUUGGGGGAGUUGCCCACAGUUGAGCUAUCUACACUUCCUUUAAUCUUGAAGACUGUGGCUGAGGGUGGGAUUGCUGAUCAGUUGCAUGUGACAGAACUCAUACUGCGUGAUCAAGAUUUUUUCCGGAAGCUAAUGGACCUGUUUAGGAUCUGUGAAGAUUUGGAAAACAUUGGUGGUCUUCACACGAUUUUCAAAAUAGUCAGAGGCAUCAUAUUUCUCAAUAGUUCUCAGAUCUUUGAGAAAAUAUUUGGGGAUGAGUUGAUUCUUGAUGUUAUUGGAUGCCUUGAAUAUGAUCCUGAGGUACCUCGUAUUCAUCAUCGCAUUAUUCUAAAAGAACAUGUGGUAUUUAAGGAGGCUAUACCCAUUAAAGAUCCUGUAGUCCUCUCGAAGAUACACCAGACAUACAGAGUUAGUUAUCUGAAGGAUGUUGUUUUGCCCAGAGUAAUGGAUGAGGCCACAGUUGCAAAUCUCAAUUCCAUAAUAUAUUCAAAUAAUGCAAGUGUUGUUUCUUUGUUAAAAGAUGACAGCACGUUCCUUCAGGAAUUGUUUGCAAGGUUGAAAUCAUCUACGACUUGUGCAGAGUUGAAGAAAAAUUUGGUAAAUGUUCAUUCUUGA